CACCGAACGACAAGAGCGGGACGAGCUGCAGGAGCGGGGGAGCGGGGAGAGAGAGUGUGUGAGGGGGAAAGUGCUCGAGAGUGAGCAACACUGCACUCUCUGGAAGAGAGUCUGAGGUGGUUGUAGAAGGGUAGACAGUAGACCCAGAGUCAAGGGAGAUGGGAGGCAAGGGCAAUGUCUUUACCGCCCGGGUGCGUGAGCGCAAGCUGGCCAAGGACGGCGGGAGUUCGGGAGGGAAGGGAGCGAUUGUGUUGGGCAAGGGCAAGGGCAAGGGAAAGGCAAGCAAGGGCAAGGGCAAGGGCAAGGGCAAGGGCAAGGGCAAGGGCAAGCACACGUCAUCGUCUUCUGGUGACGAUUACGACUACGACUACGAGGACGAGGACGAGUACGAGUACGAGGACGAGAGCGAGAGCGAGGACGAGAGCGACGGUGACUCGGAUAUGGACAGCUCGUCGUUGGCUCCGUCUGCGCGGAAGCACUCUGUCUUCAUGCCGCGGGAUCCGGAAAAGUUCAACGCAAAGAUGAAGAAGAAGCACAUGGUCGCAAAGAGCGAGUCCUCCUCCGAGUCGGGCAAGAGCAAGAGCAAGAGCAAGAGCAAGAGCAAGAGCAGGGGCAAGAGCAAGAGCAAGAGCAAGAGCAAGAGCAAGGGCAAGGGCUCGAAGCGAUCGAAGAGCAGCGAUUAUGAUGAUGAUGAUGAUGGUUCUGACGACGAUGGCAAGGUCCAUCCUUUCCUGGCCAGGAUCAAGUCCGACUCGGGCUCCGACUUUGGCAUGGGCGGGCAUGCGGCCGGCGAAGAGACUAUUGACGAGGCGGAUGGCUUUGAUGGGCCUGCCGGCGGGGCCGAUGCCGGAGCUGGGCGUGACGGGCGUGGGCGCAGGAGGCGGACGCGGCGGAAGAAGUCGUGUUGGCAGCAGCUGCGCCGGCCGGGUCACCGGCGCGAUUUUCUGAUGGCCGCGGUGUACUUUGUGGUCGGAGCCGUUGUAACCAGCGUGCUCGUUAUUCCCAACCUUGUGUCGCCGCCGAAAAACGCUGCCGGCAGCGCCGAUUACACUGACCAGUCGUUCACCGGACAGGUGUUUGGCGGCAUAAUGGCGGGGCUCAUCAUGUUCCUCUCGUCGCUGUACCACUGCUGCCGUGGGAGCCGGAUGGCAUACGCCAAGCGGCGGGCGGACAAGUACGGCGAUGCCGAAGAGAACAAGGAUGGUGCCGGGAUGGUCUCGUUCUCGUCUGACUCUUCGUGCGCCUCGUACUCUUCCGACUCCGAGUUUGAGCCUGGCGUCGGCCACCACCCAUCGACACGCAAUCCGUACUUUUACGUGCCUGACUAGAGGCACGCGCUAGCUAGGACACAGUAAAGGGCACAUUUACACCC